AUGCACAACUGUACGUGCACUUGCCAUGCAGAGUGUUCGAAACCUCUAAAGAAGCCACGUCUCAUAAUUCUAGUGAGACAUGGUGAAAGUGAGUCUAACCGUGAUAAAGGUGUCAAUGAGAAAAUACCCAACCACUUGAUACCUCUGACUUCUCGAGGAUGGAGUGAGGCAAGAAAUGCUGGUGUGGAACUACUGAAACUACUCAAUAUGGAUGGGAAUUGUAAAUCAGUGAUCGAGAGUUUAUCACAAAAGUAUAGAGUUGAAGAUGAUAGAAGAAAUAUGCUAAAAACUUCAGAAUGUAAUAACAUGAAAAAAAAAAUAGAUCGAUCAAUUGUCUUUUAUACUUCACCUUAUAGAAGAACUAAGGAAACAUUAAAAGGUAUCUUGGAAAUUAUUGACGAUUUUAACGAAAUCAGCGCCGAAAUUAAAUUAACUGAAGAUGAGAAGUACGAACCUUGUUCAAAAAAGAAGCAUGCUAUUUGGCCUAACAACAUGAUGAUACCGGUCGGGGAAUAUGAAAAUAAUACACACACAGCACUCAAACAUAAGGAUACAUGCUGCUAUCUCCGCUAUAAAGUCAAAGAUGAUCCUCGAAUAAGAGAACAGGACUUUGGAAACUAUCAAAAUGUUAGUAGUAUGAAUGAUGUCAUGGAAGAAAGAAAAAACUACGGGCAUUUUUUUUAUAGAUUUCCACAAGGAGAGAGCGCUGCCGAUGUCUAUGAUAGGGUAGCGAGUUUCCAGGAAUCUCUGUUCAGAAAAUUUGAAAGAAGGACAGAAGCAAAUCAUAGAGAUGUUGUUGUUUUAGUAACACAUGGUAUCUUUGCGAGGAUAUUUCUGAUGAAAUGGUUUCGUUGGACAUAUGAAGAGUACGAGUCGUUUAUAAACGUUCCUAAUGGUUGUUUAAUUGUAAUGGAGCUAGAUGAAGCUACCGAUAGAUACGUUCUAAAAACAGAACUUCCAAAAUGGACCACUAAUACUGCCUGA